AUGGACAUGGUUGCUGCAGGACAACAACGAUUGUUUCAAUUGCAUGAAUUAGAAGAAAUUCGCAAUGAGGCAUAUGAGAGUUCGAAGAUCUAUAAGGAGAAGACCAAAGUGUUUCAUGAUAAGCAUAUUCUUCGAAAGAGUUUUGUGGAAGGCCAGAAAGUCUUUCCUCAUGGAGCAUUAGAAGUUACAAGUCCAAGUACCGGAAAUUCUUUCAAGGUAAAUAGUCACAGAUUAAAGUCAUAUUACGAAUCGAUGGAGGAAGAACAAGCUACUGUGAUUUACCUCGUUGAUCUAGAAUAUGUGGAUGAAGAGUGA